AUGGCGGCCAACAUGCAGCAUAUGGCUGGGGCCGGCCAAAUGAUGCCGCAGCAGCAGCAGAUGCGCAAGCCCAACAGCAACCAGCUGCAACAGAUCGUCUACCAGAACCUGGUCCAACACACACAACCCUUUACCGGCAUCUGCUGGCAGGCCAACAUCCCUAUCGGUGAUCGUAUGGGAAAGACGAUGAACCUCAUCUCCAAUAUUGCUCUUGCUAUGAAUGGAGUCGACUCCAUGAAGGCAGCUGAGUUUGGUUGCAGCUUCGAGCGAGAGAUGUUCCACAAGUCUCCCACAAAGGAAGCUUAUGACCAAGAAAUGACGAAUAAGAUUAUGGACUUCUACAAGAAACGUCAAGCCAACGAGCCGAACCUCCAGAACGCCAUCAACGCCAACGCGCAAGUGCAGGCACAAGCACAAGCACAAGCUCAAGCCAUGAUGAAUAUGCAGGCACAGAUGGGUCGCGGCAUGGGCCAAGGUCCUCAGCAGGGCUUCCAGCCUAUGCAACACCCCAUGCAAGGCGCCCCGAUGGCUCAACAACAGCAGAUGGGUAUGGGAAUGGGUAUGGGCAUGGGAGUGGGAAUGCCAAACCAGGCUGGUCGCGGGAUGGGCCCUAACCAACAGAUGAUGGGUAUGCCUGGCAACCAGGCUCGGCCACAACAACAAUAUCCCAAUGAGCUGUCACGACUGUCACCUCAGGACAAGAGCAAGGUCGCGGAGCUGGCUGCCAGGAUGAUGAGCAACGCUUCAGAACAAGCAAAAGCCAAUACUCGGAUCCAACUGCAACAGAGGCUUCCGCCACAGCAGCUGGCCGAAUUCCAGGCUCAAGGCAAAGAUCCCCUCUUGUGGUUCUACCAAAACCAGGCUUUCCAGGUUCUUAAGGCGAACAUGGGUCGGAUGGGGCCUGGAAACCCCAACACUGCACAGGCAGCUUUGAUGCAGCAACAGCAAAGCCAGCAAUCCCUACAGAGGCAACAGCAACAACAGCAGCAACAGCAGCAGCAGCAGCAGCAAUCCCAGCAACAGCAGCAGCCGGGAAUGAUGAAUGGGGCGCAAAAUGGGAGCGACUUCACACAGUUCACUCCCAACAUGGAGAGCAUCAAGGAUCAACAGAUGACUGGUCUCAUGGCUCAGCAAGCCGGUCAGAUGGUUGUCCCUGCAAGCGCCGGGCCCAAUCGUAACCCUACUCCUCAACCCAUGGGUCAGAACAUGUCCAACCAAGGAGGUCCCAACCAGCCUCCUCGUCCAGCUCAGCAGCAGCCUCAGUCUCAACCUCAGCCUCAACAACAAAUCAACCUCCAACAGAUGAAGAUGAACCAGACGGCGCAACAGUCCCAAGCACAACUUCAGGCGCAGGCACAGAUCAAGCAAAUGCAAGGCCAGCCUGGGAUGAACGGCAACAUGCCGCCUGCCCAGAGCCCAGCCAUGAACACGUUGAACACACCGGUAUCUCGACCGCCGAAUAAUAUGAACCCCAUGGGCAACCAGGGUAUGGGUCAGGGUACGGCCCAGUUUGGAGACCAACGCUUCAACCAAGGGAGCCAGCGACCAAACAGCCAAGCCUUUCAGAAUAUGCUUCAAAAUCUGACCCAAGAACAGAGAUCGGCGGUUAGUGGAAUGCCCCCGGAGAAGCUGGACGAGGUGAUGCGAAGGUGGCAAACCCAACGCCAGGGUCAGAUGGCUAUGAAUGGAGGCCAGACGCCAGGGCAGAUGCAGAAUCGAACUCCAGGUCAAAUGGGCCAGAUGAAUAUGGCUGGACAGAUGACUCCUCAACCCGGAGCUCCUGGUAAUGCAGGUCAACAAAUGCAGGUUCCGAGGGUGCCUCAAAACCCCCAGGCUAUCGCUAUGAUGGACUCGAUGGAUUUGCCCCCUCAGGUUCUCGCACAACUGGGUCAAGUACCUCCUGAGGUGAAGAAAUGGGGAGCAUUGAAGAUGUGGCUUGGCCAGAACAAUGUCGCUCAGCAUGUUCGCAACCAGCUUUCAACCAUUCAACAAAAACAGUUCCAGCUUUUGCUCCAGAAGCGAAACUUCAUCUCACCUCAGCAACAGCAGCAAGCACAGCAACAAGCACAACAGCAACAGGCGCAGCAGCAACAAGCGCAGCAGCAACAACAGGCUCAGCAGCAGCAACAGACCCAGCCUCCCCAGCAGCCGCCCCAGCAGGUUCAGAAUCCGAAUAUGAACCCUGGUAUGCAGACUCCUGGUGGCCCAGUACCUAACGCCCAGCAGGGUAUGCAGAGACCGGUGCCAAAUAUUCCGGCUCACGUCCUCCAAGUCACUCCUCAAGAGCUCAUGCAUGUUCGAAACCAAAGACCCAACCUGGCAAAUGUGCCCGACGAGCAGCUGCGGAUGAUGGUGAUGCAAAUGAAGAGGCAGAGCUGGAUAACGCAACAGCAAAUGCGAGGCCAGCAAGCCCAAGGUCGCGUACAAGGUCAGGGUCAACAAGGCGGACAGAACCCUAUGCCAGUUCCUCAAGCUCCGAUGCAGCUUCAACAACCGCCCCAGCAGCAACCUGCGCAGCCAAUCCAGACUCCUCAACCGCAGAACAUGCAGGUACCUAACGCUAUGGGCCAGAACGCUGUCAUGCAAACUGGCGCUCAGAAGCAACCUAACACCACGCCGACCCCAGAGCAGAUGCGAGCUGCCCGACCUGCCAACAACCGGGCUCAGCCACCGAAUCCCUCUCCAGCGCCAGCCCCUAAGAAUCUGAAGCGUCCCAGCACUGACGAGAACGCCGAGAUUACCGAGAAUGUCAAGCCUGCCGCCCCAGCUCGACCGCCGUCCCAGCCUAAUCAACAACAGCAGCAGCCGAAGGCCUUCCCUAACUUGACGCCGCAACAGAUUGCCCAGCUCAACCCUGAGCACCGAGCUAAAUACGAGCAAUAUGUCAAGAUGCAAAUGGCGAACAGGGCUGCGGCUGGCGGUAACCAGGCAGAUAGCAACUUGGCUCGUCUCAAGGCGAUUGGCCAAGAGGAGCAGAGGGGAUCAUCGCAAGAGGUCAUGGUAGACAUCCACAUGAACCCCCAAGAGCACAGCGAUACGGCAGCCAAGCUCCAGCGAAUCGUGGUGGACAUGGGAAAGAUUGGCCGUGGAUUGAGCAAGUGGUACGCAAUCACGCGCGAUGAUCAACGCGCCAAAAUGUUUUUCAGAACACGAUGGCGCAUUAUGAAGCAAUUUGCAGAUGGAGAGAAGAUGAAUGUGUUGAAGGACACGUUCAGCAUUCGGGCUGCUGAGAUUGACCAGGCCCGAGCGAUGCUUGAGAGCAUGGCCAAGGACCUUGCCGCUAGUGUUUACGGGCGCGGAAUGAUGAAGUCGAAUAGCCAGCAGGCUACUCCUCAGAACCAGAAUACCCAGCUCGCCCAGCAGCAGCAGGCGCAACAGCAGGCACAACUCCAGCAGCAGGCACAACAGCAACAGGCACAGCAACAGGCCCAAGGCAACCCGCCUGCUCCUCUCAACGCCGCCAACCUGGAAAAGAAUACUCAAGCUUUGACCAAGGCAAACCAGAAGGCAGCUGGCAAGGGAAACCAGACUCCCGUUGCUCCCACCACUGCCCAGCCACCUUUCCAAUUUGGAGCUUCGUCCCCUCACGGCAACCCCAGCUACGUGGGCAAACCCAAAGACAUGAACCUCCAGAUUCCGGCGCGCAAAAAGCAGAAGGUGACUGGACAGACCCCACAAGGCGCCACCCCAUCGCCGCAAAUUAGCAAAAAGUCAUCGCCCGAGAUGAGGAGAGCUUCGGAGUCUCAAGCCCCACCGAAGCCCCUCUUUGUUUGCAAUGAGCCCGACUGUGACAUGUCAACCGCUGGAUUCGCAUCGGAGCAAGCCCUCCAAGCACAUAUCCAAGAGGAACAUACGAAGCCAAAGGAGGACCCGAUGAAGUUUGUUCAGGAGAGCCUUGCACUAUCUUUGGGGUUGGAGCCUGAUGGGACUCUGAAGAAGCAGAAGCUACAAGAGCCAGCGCCUGCGAUGAGCGUGACCAACUCGAAGCCAGGCCAGACACCUGCAACCCUUGGAGCUACACCCAUUUCGGCUGAUGUGAAGCUACCUGGUGGCAACAUGGGCAAGCCUCAAGACGGAAAGGGUGGUAUCAAAAGCGAGACGACGCUGAAACUAGCGGAUGCGAAGCCGCUCGAGACUGUGCCCGCGGUCGACCCUUGGUCCAACUCAACCAUUGACCCUCAAAGUUUGAUGAGCAACCUGGGCCUGGAGAACGGCGGGUUCCGGAACGUCAUCGGCGAUCUGAAUGUAUAUCGGUCGUUGACGCCAAACGAUACGCCUGAGUCGAGCAAAGACAGUGGAUCUAGCGAACCGAACAGCGACAUCUCAGAGGGCGUUAGUCUCGAGAUUGACUUCGGCUGGCAUGAAAUGGGUGGUAGAGAUCUUCUCCUGGACAUGAACAGCGCAAGCCUCAGUGGAACCUUGGGCUCGAUGGAUGGGGUUGACAUCGAUACUUCGUUGUUGAUAGACUCUUCGUCCGGUCCACCACCUGACUGGGACGACUACCACGUUGAUUUCAACAAGCCAUUUGAGCUUGAUACCAGCUUUUAUUCCAUGGAGGCAUGA